UUCUCUUUUACCACAACAAGAGAGAAACCCACAUCGGAUUCAUCCAUGAGAACUCGAACAGGCCUCUGUUACCCUCGACUUGAAACCACCCUCUGCUCCGACAGCCGUCAUCGCAAAAGAAUUCACGAUGUCGCCGCCGACCGACGCCGCCAUUUUUGUCGGAAAAGAACCAAGCUCUCUCCACAAAUCACUCCGCCGCCGCCGCCGCCUUCCGAUUUGUUUGAUUCCUUGCCCGACGACCUCGUCAUUUCGAUUCUCUCUAAACUCAGCUCCGCGGCCUCUUCCCCCUCCGAUUUCAUCAACAUCUUGCUAACAUGCAAAAGAUUAAAUAAUUUAGGACUUAUUCCCAUGGUGUUAUCCAAAGCUUCUCAGAAGACGUUUGCAAUUAAGGCACGGAAUUGGUCGGAAUCCGCUCAUCGGUUUCUUAAGCGGUGUUCCGACGCCGGAAAUGUUGAUGCCAGUUAUACCCUUGGCAUGAUUCGUUUCUACUGUUUGCAAAACAGAGGAAGUGGAGCUUCGCUGAUGGCUAAAGCGGCGAUUUGUUCCCACGCGCCGGCGCUUUACUCACUCGCUGUCAUUCAGUUCAACGGCAGCGGCGGUUCCAAAAGCGAUAAGGAUCUCCGUGCUGGAGUUGCUUUGUGCGCACGUGCUGCUUUUCUCGGUCACAUCGACGCGCUUAGAGAACUCGGGCAUUGUCUUCAAGACGGUUACGGCGUUCGUCAGAAUAUAACAGAGGGGCGUCGGUUUCUUGUCCAGGCCAACGCGCGUGAACUCGCCGCCGUGCUCUCGUCGGAGGCGGGUUCUUCGGUGAUUGCAUCGCGGUGUUGUCUUACGUGGAACCCUCACGUUCCACACCGGCACGUGACGGGCUCGGGAUGUCCGUUGUUAAGCGAUUUCGGUUGUAAUAUCCCGGCGCCGGAAGCUCAUCCGGUGAGUCGGUUUAUGGCGGAGUGGUUUGGGGCACGUGGGGAGUCGCCGGGGGUUGGGCUGAGGAUGUGUUCGCACGUGGGGUGUGGACGGCCGGAAACGAGACAGCAUGAGUUCCGUCGAUGUUCUGUUUGUGGCUCUGUUAAUUACUGCUCACGUGCGUGUCAGGCGCUGGAUUGGAAACUCCGCCAUAAGAUGGAUUGUGCGCCGGUUGAACGUUGGGUUGAUGAUAACGGCGACGGUGGGGCCGAUGAUAUCAUGGCCGAAAGUUAAAAAAAAAAAAAAAAAAUUGGAAAAUUAAAAGAGGGGAAUUGACAGUAGCCGGUAGCCGGUUGUAAACGUUGGCGGCUUCUCGUGAAAUUUAGUCGAGGAGACGUAAAAGUAAAGCGAGAGAAUAAAAAAAAAAAAAAAAGGAAAAAGAAAAAGAAAAUCAUGGAGGCCGUUUUUUGUCGGAGAAAUUAAUUAUCUGAUUGCCGGCGGCGCGGCGCGGCGGAGAUUUGUUUGUCCUUUUGUGUACAGGGCGGCGGGCGGUGGCGGUUUUUUUUUGGGAAGUUCUGGAGCCUAAUUUUUGUACCAUACAGCGACUAGAAUUUUACAAUCCUUCCCUUUUAUUCAGUUAUUAAAAUUAUAAAUUAAAAAACUUUUUUUUUUUCUA